AUGACUAUAUCGCGAGGACCAAACUUUUGUGUCGCGUUAACAACUGUACGCCAACGAGCGGUCGUCCAAACCCGAGCUCGGACAAAAACCAAAAUGGCCCUAGACAGUGCCUUGUCGACGCCACAAAGAGUAGCAGUUAUCGGGGGUGGGCUCGCCGGCCUUUCGACCACUUACCACUUACUGGAAAAAAUGCCAAGCGGUCGUCAUCUCUCGGUAGAAGUCUUCGACAAGGGGUUAGUUGGAACUGCGGGAGCCUCAGCUGUUGCCGGAGGACUUUUGCAUCCUCUCUCGCCUCGCGGAAAAUUGGUGCACUUGGGUAUGGAAGGACUCCAAGCAACAAAUUACCUUUUGGACAAGGCGCAGAGAUCUUCGGCGGACGUUGGGUGCACCCCCGAAUCGGUCGUUUUGCGCAAUGAACUGUAUCGAGUGGCCAUGACUCCAAACAAUGUCAAACAAUUGCAAACUACGGCCCAAACUUUACCAGAAUUGUGUGAGUGGGUGGAUUCUGGUACUGAUCUGUCCGGCCUCUUCUCCGAAGGUGACAACAGCGUACUCGGUGCAUUGCGUAUGUAUAAUGGCUGCAAGGUAAUCCACCCUCCGUCCUAUUUGUCUUCCCUUUGGGCAGCUUGCGAGAGUCUAGCUGACGAAAAGGAGUUAUCGGUGUCGUGGAAUAUAAUACAUGGUGAUGAUGGAUUCACGGAAAGCACCUUGUCAGCGUGGAAAAAUCGCUUGAAGGACUUUGACGCGGUCGUGGUUUCGGCUGGUUCUGGUAUGUUUGGAACCUUUUUGCCACUUGCAUCGCUCCCGAUACAGCUUGUACGGGGACAAUCGCUGGAAAUGCGUAUACCGAGCGACGCACAAUGGUCGAAAAACGCGCUGUUGUGUGGUAAAUACGUGUCACCACUAGCAGACAAGGAUACUGUUUUGGUCGGUGCCACACAUGAAUUCCAGGAAAAUGCACUUAAUGUGAAAGGCGUGCUUGCUGAAUUGAAAAUUCGGACGGAAGGAAUGGUUCCAAAACUGUGGGAGCAAGGUGUAAUUCAACGAAUGACGGUCGGCUACCGAGUGCAGAGCGAACGCGGCAGGCAUGGUAGGCUUCCGAUUGUUGGGCGAAUUCCGAUGCCUUUCGCGGAAGCUUUACAUCGCAAUGCUUGGGUAUUCUCCGGUCUGAGUAGCCGCGGCUUGCUUUACCACGGGAUUUUUGGGGAGGCUCUCGCUGGGGCGGUGCUACAAGGGAACGAAAGUCUUAUACAUGUAAGCUAUCCAGAACUGGCUUGGUGGCAGAAGUCAUGA